AUGUCGAUGGAGGUCCCAUCACAGAAGCUACGAAUGAUGAUCUAUUACAACCGUGCCCCUGGGACGCGUAUACCUACUUCAGCCAAGACCUUUACGGAGACGAUUCCGAUCUCAAAGGAAAGUGAUGAAGAGAUCUUAAACAAGUUUGACGACGAUAUUGAAGCUGGUAUCCUCGUGCCGCGCAAACAUCGAAACAGGGGAUCAGGCAAAAAGAGAGACGCCCAGGAUACGGAAGAAGCGACCCCAGCGUCUAGGAUGCAGGACUUGCUUGACUACGCUGUAAGACACAAAGAAAAUUGCGAACCACAACUGUCACUUCUUUGCACACAACCUACUGUCCUCUACAAUACCGCGGAGGCUCAAUUCCUUAGUCGACCCGAGCAUGUCCCUGAGGGUUACGGAUAUGGAGAUAUGGGACCAAGUACGUAUCUCAAAGCCACUGGGAGGGACGUCUUAGACGUAGUUCAUGCCAAGAUGUGCAAAAGACAAUUUUUCCGCGCACAAAAGUCCGCCGAACACCAUGUUGCUACUGGUAUGGGAUGGGGAUGGUUCACUUGUGAGCGUUUCCGGGACUUGACCUAUCUCAGGAUGGAAAUGUCUAGAGCAGAGCUGAUUUUGACAGAUCUGCAUCUUCACUAUCUCCUAGAACUCUUUCAUACUUUUAACAUUUUCGACGCUAUGUACCAGUUGAGGAAGCUUGGCAGUAUUUAUAAAUUGGACCCCUGGGAACUCAAGCGGUUGUCGAAGAGAGAGUCUCGCGGUUUGUAUGAAGUAUGCUCUAUUGUAGCCUUCUUUCAAAAGUUGCGCGCGACUUUCCCUUCGGUUAACGAGGUUCAGGAUCUUUCCCCAGGCCUAGGAAAGGAUCUUUUUGUGCCAGGCCUGGAGGAGGUAGAUUUGGAGUUGGAGAAAGUCAAAUGUGAGACUUUCUCUUCAGCAUCUUUCUCCAAUCUCGACGAUCCCUUGAAGCCGGAGAUGACAGGAAAGACGCUCGAAGAACUCGACGACCUUGUCAGGGAAAAGACUGGUACAACUAUGGAUGUAAUGUAUCAGGAGCAAGUCAACGAGAUGGUUCGGACCUUGGAAAUUCUCAAAAGAAUCGGUCAUGCCAUAGAGAUGUUCUGGCUGGGCCAUUACGAGGGUGGAGAUCCUGCAAAGAGAGCUGAGAGUAGAAGGAAAAGAGACGAGAGGCGUGCGUCGCAGUAUCCAAGUGAUUCGAGCUCACUCAUUUCUGAGCGUUUUGACACAGACUCUACUUCCGUAGUCCAAGAGGCUGACCCGAUAACUGCUUGA